UCCAGCAGUUUUAUCUCCCACAAACUAUUUCUUUACAUCUGAGUACCCUGCAACAUUAAGAUUGCCCAGUUGUCUGUCUGAGGAAGAGAGUGAAGGUUUGGAGAAGAAAGAAAACAAGGCAUCCGAAGUCUAGGAAGACAGAUGUCUGUCGAUCAGUAAUGUAAAAGAUGACCAGUUGUCUGUCUGUCUUGCCCAAUGAACCGCCCAAAUCGAUCAGUAAUGUAAAAGAUGAAGUCUAGGAAGACAGAUGUAUGUUGCUUCAGUGAUGUAAAAGAUGAAGUCUAGGAAGACAGAGAAACCGUUCCUUGAUCCCAGAAUUAGGGAAUUCCGAAUCCAUGGAGAUUGCAAUACAUGAGUACAUGAGCAGUUUGGAGAUUGAAAAAUGCAGUGCAGAAGCAAAUCAUGAAGACCCAACGGAGAAAACUGUUGAAAUUUCUCAGGGGGAGCUUGGAUCUUUGGAACUGAUAAAUGCCACCCAUCAAAUUUUGGCAAAGGUUGGAAUCAGCAUCCAAUUGAAAAUUGAAGAUUCCGUCCUUGAUCAAUUGCUGAAAUGUGAUCCUGUCAAGGAGAACUCAAACUUCGUGGAACUAUUUCCUGAACAACCGCAGAACUGUGAUCCAUUUUUGGAGUCAAGUUCUGAUAGUUGUUCCACAAGAGAUGAUGUUCCUGAAGAUAUACAAUUGAAAGUUGAGAAUACUGUUGCUGAUUAAUCUGAGAUUACAUUCCUAUUGAUGCUGCUGACCAUGAGGUUCCAAAGGCAGAGAAAGAAAAGUAUUGGCCAUUUUCAGAUACAGUGGCUGAGGAGUCUACUGCUAUGAUUGAUGAGAUUUCAGCAACCAAGGAAUGCAUCCCAUGUUUGGUUGAGGCUCCAACGUCCCAUGAGAUUUCAGCUACUAAUCAAACUCUGGCCAAUGUUCUAGCAGGCUUAAGCCUUGGAGCACCUGGAUCAGAUUCCAAGCAUCAUUUACCACUUCAGAUUCAAGUGACACUGAGGAGUCAUCAAACAAGAAGCAAACACCAAUUCGAAAGGCAAUCAAGAUUUUGAAGGAUGACAAGGAGAA